ACUCUGGCUGGCACGACCACUUUCUUAUUUCCAGUCACCGAGAAAAGUCGUACGUGCAUGUGUCCUGUCCUCUGACUUGGGUAAUAAUACGGUACAUAGCUUGAAACGCACAGUGAAAAUCCAUUACGGGAGUAGCUGACAAACGAUGGAGGUUGAAAUUUUGGACGCAAAGAAUUCGAAGCCGCUGGGUAAAUGUCGGGUACAGGGUGAUACUAGCAUUAAAUCCCUAAAGGUUGAGGUUCAGAACCUGAAAAAAUCCCUCACCGUCCACCGGCAGUCGCUUCGUUUGGAGCCCCGUGGUAAAACUCUCAAAGACUCGGACACCCUCCAGUCCCUGAGCAUCGGUGCAGGGGGUAAGAUCUACGUGAAGGAUCUCGGGCCCCAGAUCAGCUGGACCGGAGUGUUUUUGGCCGAAUAUGCCGGACCAAUCUUCGUAUAUUUGAUCUUCUACUACCGACCGACCUUGAUCUACGGAAACAUCGCCGGCAAUCCCAUGACAUUGACCGCCAAGAUUGCAGCCAUCUGCUGGGUUGGUCAUUAUGCCAAACGUCUGCUGGAGACUAUCUUUGUGCAUCGCUUCUCGCACGCAACGAUGCCCCUGAGAAAUCUGUUCAAGAACUGCUCCUACUACUGGGCGUUUGCCGGGUACGUGGCAUACCAUGUCAACCAUCCGCUCUUCACGGAACCAAGCACUGCGGUCCUGUACGCUGGAUUGGGAGGCUUUUUGGUCUCCGAGCUCGGAAACUUUUCGGUUCACAUUCUCUUGAGAAACUUACGUCCAGCCGGAUCCACCGUUCGCAAGAUUCCUUUCCCCGAUGCUAAUCCUUUGACUCAGCUGUUCAACUUCGUCUCUUGUCCCAACUACACGUACGAAUUCUUUUCCUGGCUGUCGUUCUCGCUGAUGACCACGUGCGUUCCGGCGUUGUUGUUCGCCGCUGCUGGUAUGUAUCAGAUGACCAUGUGGGCAAUCGGUAAGCACCGAAAUUACAAGAAAGAAUUCAAAGAUUAUCCCAAGAGCCGCAAGGCGAUUUUGCCUUUCGUUCUCUAAAUGUCUGCUUGAACAGUACAAUAGCAAGCUGAAUUUUCAAAAUGUUCCAAACAUUGAGGCAUUAGAAUGUUUGGUGUUUCAGCUUUUGGGAUCAGUUGAAAGUUUAUGACAAAAAAAUCCGGUGCAUUUUGCAACCCCUCGAUUCAGAUGAUUGAAAUGCUCAGCAACGAACAAUUAUGAACUAUUGAUAAAAUUCGCAUAUUUAUUGUCUCUUGUUAUGUUUACUUCAUGGUGAACGGUUUAGAUGUAGAAGUGAUUUGGAGCAAUUAAUUUGCUAUUUCAGUAAAAAUAGAAAUGGAAGUGAACGGAAUUAGGUAGUUGCAUAAGUUAAGUUUAAUUAAAAACUGUACUAGCUGAACAUUUUCAUUCCCUUAAAUAAUGGUACGAGGAAACAGAUUUUCAAAUAAAUUUAAGGAAAACAGA